CACAGAACACAGAGCCAGAGCCAAAGAGGUAAAGGUUAAUUUCUAAUUUCUUAUUUGACAGAACAGCUUUCUUUUCUGUACCUCUUUAUUUCACCAUUGCUGUGUGCUGUGUCCUCCAGUCACCUUCAAAUUUCUAAGUUGAUUGACAAUAUAUUCCUUUGAAAUGGCAUCAAUUAAAUCAUUUUAUGUGCGAAAUAUUACUAAAAUAAGUAAAAAUACAAGGGCUUUUUCGACCUCUAAAUAUGUUUGUGCUAAACAAAUGACAGUAAGAGAUGCUUUAAAUUCGGCUCUAGAUGAAGAACUUGAACGAGAUGAAAGAAUAUUCUUAUUAGGUGAAGAAGUUGCCCAGUAUGACGGGGCUUAUAAAGUAAGCAGGGGUUUAUGGAAGAAAUAUGGCGAUAAAAGAGUAAUAGAUACUCCUAUAACAGAGAUGGGUUUUGCAGGUUUGGCUGUUGGUGCAGCCAUGGCGGGUUUGCGACCAAUAUGCGAAUUCAUGACCUUCAAUUUUGCCAUGCAAGCUAUCGAUCAGGUAAUUAAUUCGGCAGCCAAAACGUUUUAUAUGUCUGCCGGAAGAAUCAAUGUUCCUAUUGUGUUCAGAGGGCCUAAUGGAGCAGCUGCCGGUGUUGCUGCCCAACAUUCUCAAUGUUUUGCUGCAUGGUAUGCACACUGCCCAGGCCUCAAAGUAGUUUCACCCUAUAACUCUGAGGAUGCAAAGGGUCUUCUCAAAUCAGCAAUAAGAGACCCUGAUCCAGUAGUAUUCUUGGAAAAUGAAAUCUUAUAUGGUGUUCAGUACCCUAUGUCAGACCAAGCAUUAUCUAAAGAUUUCCUUCUGCCAUUAGGAAAAGCCAAGGUAGAAAGAUCAGGCAAACACAUAACAUUGGUUGCACAUUCCAAAGCAGUUGAAACUUGUUUAGAAGCUGCGAAAGAGUUAUCAGGAAAGGGGAUAGAGGCAGAAGUAAUCAAUUUAAGAAGUAUUAGGCCUUUAGAUAUGAAUACUAUUGCUACAUCAGUAGCAAAGACAAACCACCUUAUAAGUGUUGAACAGGGUUGGCCUACUUGUGGCGUAGGAGCCGAAAUUUUAGCUAGAAUAAUGGAAAGUGAAUCGUUUUUCCAUCUGGAUCAACCUGCCAUAAGAUUGACUGGAGUUGAUGUUCCAAUGCCAUAUGCCACUGGAUUAGAAGCAGCAGCCCUCCCCAGAGCAAACGACGUCGUGGAAGCAACAAAAAAACUUUUAAAAGUGAAAUAAAUUCCCGAAAUGAAAAGAUGCGAGCCAAAUUUGAAUGAACUCAAUUUACGUCCCUUGUUUUUACAGUUUAGCUCAACAAAUUUUCUAGAUUUCAGAUUCCUGCAAAAAUGGUCAUUUUCUUACUCUACUCAAAAGUAUAUAAUUAAAUAUUUCACAUUAUUUAUUGUUAACAUUUUAAAUAAAUUAUGAUUGUUA